AUGGAGAACAACACAACAGCUGAGUUUGUCUGCAACCACACGGAUGCAUGGGAGUGGGUUUACACCAUGCAGCCUGCCUAUAUGUCGAUCAUCUGUCUUCUGGGAGUAAUCGGCAACUCCUUCGUGCUUUGCGUCCUCUGUCUUCAGAAGCGCAGAAGUUCUGUUGCUGACAUUUACCUGAGCAAUCUGGCAGCAGCUGAUCUCCUCAUGGUUUCCUGUCUGCCGUUCUGGGUAUCAACUAUAAUCAACAAGUUCCACUGGAGAUUUGGGGAGUUCAUGUGCCAGCUUGUCAAUAUUGUCAUUGGGAUGAAUUAUUAUUGUAGUGUGUUGUUCCUUACUGUUGUGAGUAUGGACAGAUAUAUGGCUCUCACUAAACCAUUGUCCCAAGGAAGGCAGAGGCAGGCUUUCUGGGCACAUGGAAUUUGUGUAACCAUUUGGAUUGUUGGUAUCUUCCUCAGUUUUCCUGCUGUUCUUUUCCGCUCUGUGCAGUUCUUCCCCCAUCUGGGCAUUGAUGCAUGCUACCUAGACUACCCCCAUGAAGGGUGGCGAUUGCGGUACAACAUAACUGUGAACAUAGUCUGCUUUCUCAUUCCUGUCCCAAUUGCAUUGUUCUGUAGUUACCACAUUAUUAAAGUCAUUCUAAAGAGACAGAAGAUGAGAAGAAGCAACAGCGGGAGUGCGGAGAGGAAGGCAGCGUACCUUGUGCUUAUUGUUUUGUCUGUGUUCAUUCUCUGCUGGCUGCCUUACCAGAUUCUGAUCUUCUUUGACACCUUGGAUCACUAUGAGGUCAUCUCUGGAUGCACAUGGGCAUACGUGCUGGACAUUGGCAACCAGCUAGCUACGUACCUUGGCUACAGCAACAGUGCAUUGAAUCCUUUCUUGUAUGUGAUUGUUGGGAAGAACUUUAGGGAGCGGGCAAGGGAAGUGUUUAAACCCCUUCAAUGCAGAAGGAAAGACCAGUGUGAGGCAUCUGGUCAUGGUAAUGCCAAUCUCAUCUCAAUGGAGCCAAUGGAACUCACAACUGUGCCAACAGUGUUGGCUGAAAAUAGCAGCUUGUCUCCAGUCACUGCAGAAUGGGAGCUUAUCCACACCAUCAUCCCCCCAUACAUCUUCACCAUAUCCCUGGCAGGUCUACUCUUUAACAGCUUUGUGCUGGUGGUGUUUUUUGCCCACAAAGAUCGACUGACUGUAGCAGAGAUCUAUCUGAGCAACAUGGCGCUGGCUGACUUUAUUCUACUGUGUAGCCUUCCUUUCUGGGCAAUGAAUAUUCUCAAUGAGUUCAACUGGCCAUAUGGAGAGGCCUUGUGCAAAAUCGUCAACGCCCUAAUCAUCAUCAAUUUCUACACCAGCAUCUUCACUCUGGUCAUGAUUAGCAUCGAUCGCUAUAUAGCAUUUGUGAAGCCCAUGAAGGCCAGCUGGCUGAGACGGACGCUCUACGCCAAGGUGAUCUGCUUCAUCCUGUGGAUAUUAGGGGUCUUACUGAGCACACCGACAAUAGCUCACAGAAAGGUGAAGUUCUUUGAGGACUAUGAGACCACAUCCUGCGUUCUGGAUUACACCCAUGACAGCUAUUGGAAGCUGGCCCAUCAGAUUGUGAUAAAUGUGGUGGGCUUUGUUCUUCCUGUUUUGGUCAUUGUUUUCAGCAGUGGAAAUAUAAUCAAGGUUUUAUCUGAGAGGAGGGAAAGUGUUGGUUUUCAUCACACCAGUGAUAAAAAGGCCACUGUGCUAGUGUAUGCUGUUACACUGGUGUUUUUACUAUGCUGGGGUCCCUUCCAGGUAAUUACCUUUCUUGACAUUCUCUGUGAUGUCAAUGUGCUGGAUGAGAAGCUGUGGUCUGACUCUCUGGAUAUAGGAAGGCAGCUCUCAGCAUAUCUAGCCUUUCUCAACAGUGUCUUAAACCCUUUGUUGUAUGUCUUCUCAGGGCAGUACUUUAGAAAGAAGGUUAGCGCCAUCUACAGAAAGACUAGAUAUCAACGCAGAGGAUCAGACAUGACCACAUAUCAACUCUCUGCUGUGUCCACUUACAUCAACAGAACAGAGCAAAUUAAACCUGUGGUCAUUGUUAAUGCCAAAGAAUAA